UCUAGUUUCGAGAAUCUUCGCUGCCAGAUCCGCCUCUCCUCUCCACACCUCGCCCGGCCCAGCCCGGCUCCUCCUCCUCCUCUCUCUCUCCACAGCGGUAGUGCCACUAGCCGAGCCUUCCCUCUCUCUCACCUCUUCUCCAUUCCAACACUACCACCAGAGACAAAGGCAACUUUCGGGGAGAAAAAUAUACAGCAAAACCCUAGAUCUCUUCUCGGCAUUGCCGGUUGGGUUGUGCCUUUCUAUGAGCGCGGCCCCCCAGUGACGAGGCACGGCGAUGGCCUCCGCCGCCGCCGUCAUCCCCUCCAUCGCCUCCGGCGCCGCUGCGGCCGCUGAGCCCGCCGCCUGGCUCAUGGACGAGCGCGACGGCUUCAUCUCCUGGCUGCGCGGCGAGUUCGCGGCCGCCAACGCCAUCAUCGACCUCCUCGUUGUCCACCUCCGCGCCGUCGGCGACCCGGGCGAGUACGACCACGUUGCCGCGGCCGUGCAGCAGCGCCGCCACCACUGGGCGCCCGUGAUCCACAUGCAGCAGUUCUUCCCCGUCGCCGACGUCGCCUUCGCGCUCCGGCAGGCCGGGUGGCGCCGACGAGUGCCGCCGGCACAGGGGCUCGGUGCUGGCGCGUCGCCGUCCCCACCUCCGCCGCCGCCUCGGCGGCCAGCGUUCUCGCCGUCCCAUCACUCCCACCAACACCAUCGCCACGGUGGUAACCAUCGCCCCGAUCCGACGCGCGGCGGCGGCGCAGUUGCAGCGGCUGGAUCCGAGAAAGAUGGACGUGAAGUUCAUAACAGGGAAGGGAAGGGUCUGAAAGAAGUGGAAAACGUGGUUGAUGCUAAAGGCUCGCGGUUGGAUUCUCCUAUAACUGAUGAAGGUGAACAAAAUCCAAAGCUGGAAGCUGUUUCUGAAGGAAACAUCAAAGUGGUUGCAACCUCUGUAGAGCAUUCAACCAAUGAAAUCAUUGAUGGCAAGACGGUUAAUUCUGUUGAAGGCCUCAAGGUUUAUGAAGGGUUGGUAAAUGUGAUCGAGACAAAUAAGAUUCUUUCUUUAGCGAAUGAAACAAAAGCUUCUUAUCACCGAGGAGGGCUUGAAGCUGGGCAGACUGUUAUAAUUGGGAAAAGACCAAUGAAGGGUCAUGGAAGGGAAAUUGUUCAGCUGGGUGUUCAUAUAAUCGAAGGCCCUCCUGAUGAUGAAAACCAAAGAGAGACAAGGGUGGAAGCGGUUCCUGGGUUGCUGCAUGAUCUGUUUGAUCGUUUGUAUCAGCAGGAAAUUAUACCUUUCAAACCAGAUUAUUGUGUUAUCGACUUCUUCAAUGAGGGAGACUAUUCUCACCCUCACCAUUCCCCACCUUGGUACGGUAGACCUCUUUGUACGCUUUGCCUGACAGAUUGUGAUAUGGUGUUUGGCCGAGCUAUUUCAGGAGAUCGAGGUGAUCAUAGAGGUCCUCUGAAGCUUUCGCUCACAACUGGGUCUCUUCUACUCUUGCAAGGGAAAAGUGCUGAUUUUGCCAAGCGAGCCAUUCCCGGUACACGCAAGCAGCGAAUCCUACUAAAUUUUGGAAAGUCUAUACCAAGAAAGCACAUCCCAGCUGAAAGUGCUUCUCGGUUUACUCCUCCAUUAACACCUCCUCCUAUGCCCUGGGGUCCAUCAUCAAGGCAAGGCAACAUGCCGCGCCAUCCCCCAAGCCCUAAACAUUUUGGAUAUGCCCCUGCCAGUGGUGUAUUUCCAGCACCGGCAGUUGGACCUCAUCACAUACCUCCAUCUGAUGGAAUGCAGCCACUAUUUGUAGCCCCUGCUCCUGUUGCUGCUGCAGCCAUACCUUUCACACCAGCCGUUCCCUUGCCAAACACAACGGCAGCUUGGGUGCCAGAAGCUACUCCCAGGCCUGCUCCACCUCGAUUCCCUGGUCCUGGUACAGGGGUCUUCCUUCCUCCGGGAUCAGGCCACCUACUGCCUCAUCAGAUGAUGCCAGCUUCUCAUGGUCAUGGUGAACCUAACUCUCCACAAGGCUCAUCUGUUUAUCUGCAUAACAAGAGCACUGGCAUGGAGAUGGUUAAUGGUAAUCUUUCUCCAAAGAGCUCGCCAACAAAAUAUUCUACUACAAAUGAGAAACCAGAAUGCAAUGGGAGCUCAAAUGGUGGUGGCAGCUUUGUGAAUGAGAAAUCAGCUUUAGGCAAGGAGCUGCAGAAUGGUGGUAUGAAGAAUGUUGGGAACAGCAAGGUCCAGCUGAAUGACGCUAAAUAGACGGGGAAGUAUAGUACAUAGACAACAGAAACUGAAGAGACGAGGAAACUUCAUUUUUUUGGACCGUGAUUUUGCGGGAGCAAGCCAGAGCGUCAUCUGCUAUCAUUACAAGAAACCUGGGGAAGCUUUACUGAGGUCUUCAUUGACAACUUUAUUAUCCUUGACAAGAAACCUCGAUGUCGAGUUCCUAAGAUGAAACACCGUCUUAAAUUUUGUAGCUGCUCUGUAGCAAAAUUGGAUUUAUCACGUUGCCUUAAGUUAUCAUCUGCUAUCAUUACGAAAAUGUGGGGCUAGAUGUUCCAUAGCGUGUUCUUUGGGCAGUAGGACCAUUUCUGAGGUAUUUGUUAUAAUGUUACCAACCGAACACUUCGGAAAUGGAAAAAAUGGGAAGUAAACUUCUUUCGUGCUGAUA